AGCUCUCCAACUCUUUGGGUUAGAGAGAGAAACAGAAGCACAAAUGCCCUGAUUCAACAACGUGUCUGUUAUAGUUGUCUCUGUUCAUAUUCAGUUAGCCCUCUUUUCCCCUUCAUCGAUUUCAAAGACUUCAAAUUUUGCAGAGAAAGUGAAAGUGAAAUGGCAAGCUCAGUGGAGAAGGAGGGUGAGGAGGUUGUGUCCUUAGAACUACCAGCUCCUUCGGGUUGGGUUAAGAAGUUUCUGCCCAAGCAAAGUGGAACUCCUAAGAAAAAUGAAAUCGUAUUUACAGCUCCAACGGGAGAGGAGAUCACCAACAAAAGACAGUUGGAACAGUACCUGAAAGCACACCCCGGGGGUCCUGCAGUAUCAGAAUUUGAUUGGAGCACUGGUGAGACACCAAGGAGAUCAGCAAGGAUUAGUGAGAAGGCAAAAGCAACUCCACCACCAGAAGGUGAGCCCCCAAAGAAGCGAAGCAGAAAAUCAACUUCGGCGAAGAAGGAUAGCAAAGAAAAGCAAGCUGGUCCUGAAGGAGCUGAGGAGACAAAAAUUAGUGAUGUGCAAGCUGCUGAAAAAGCUGGGAUGGAAAAGGAUGAUGUGAAGGAAAACCAAGAUGAGGAAAAAGCACCAGAUGCAGAUACCAAGACAGAAGUAGCUCAACUUGAAGAAACAAAAGUUGAACAAGAAGCUAACAUACCUGGCGAUGCUGAAGAGUGCAAGAAAACUAGCAAAGCUGGUCCAGAAGAUUCAAAAGCAUCCAUUGAUGGGAAGGAAGUUGAAGGUUCUGGUUUUGGAAAACAAACCGAAAAAGAAAAUGCGGAAGGGGAAAAAGUAGAAGAGAAGGGUGAGCAACCACAGGAAGGAGAAGAAAAAGAGAAACAUAACGAAGUUGCUAUUGAAACUGAAGUAGAAAUCGAGGAGAAAGAAGCAGCAAAAGGGAACACUGAGGGAAAAAAUAGUUCAGGUGUUCAUGAAGCGGGCAAGAAGGUUGAAGGAGAAGUGAUUGAGAAUGGCGGCCCAGGCAAUGAAGCUUGAUGGUUUGCUGAAUGGCUCCGGUUUCUCGUCCAGCAUUCUGACCCUUUCACAUUUCUGAGAAAAUCAUUAGUUUCAGUGUUGUUAAUUUUAGCUAUCUGAUUGUUCAUUGAAGCAUCCGUCUAUAGGAUCAUUAGAUUAGGCCUAUAAUGUACCAUCCUUUUGUUGUACUAGAAAGAAUGUAGCUGUCAGUGACCUCUGUAACAUUAUGGUGUAAAAUACUGGUGAUGUAAUACUAUUAUGCCCUGUAUUGUUGUAGUGAUGUUAAGAACUCGUUUCACUUUUGAAGCCCAUGCUUGAGAUGACUUGAUCUAGCUGCUGUU